UGCACCCCAGGAUCCACCGCCGCCCCCUAAGCCUUCAGCCUCCCGCCCUCUGACGCCACAAUGCCCUGCAGCCCCACCCCGGUGGCUCGGUCCCCAGCGGCCAAACGCGGGCUUUUCCUGCGCUGUUUGCACACCUUCCCCGUCCCGUCCCGCAGUGAGUACCAGCUCCUCCAGGGCCGGCGGGGGUGCUCAUCUCGCGACACUGAGGCUCAGCCAGAGACCCCGUGCACCCCCAACCCCUGUAGGACACAGCCCUCUGCACCUCAGUCACCUCAGGGCUACCCGGACUUUGAAGAUGGUUCUGAAUGGAAAUCAGAUUAACUGGUUGAGACCAGUAUCUAGAGGAACAUCUCUGGGACUUGAGGGCAGCUCUCUGGUGACCCUGGACCCACAGCAGCCCCAGAUAGAGCCCAGUCCCCUAGACUGCCAACUGCCACCCUGCUGUCCAUAGCUACCCCCGCCCCUUAGCAGUAGUGCCAGCUGGGAGUGAAAGGAAAGCCUGACUGCAAAGGCUGGGCAAAUCCAACUCCAGCUGGGAGUGGUGGGGUCUCUCUCCCUCUCACACACACACAGACAGGCAGACAGACACAUGAAAAUGCAGCAAAAGGGAAGGGGGGGGGCGGCUCUCCUAGUUCAAGUUGUUUUCAUUUUCCUUGUGUAAUUCAGCCACAAUGACAUGUCUGCCCCAGGCCCAGAAGAGCUGGGUCCCACUGCAGAUGGUCACAGGUAUACUGACCUCAGUGUGUGUGUCUAUGUGCAUGCACACACCUUCUCAACCCUAAACCAGAACUGGGUGAGAGACUGGUGAACCCAGUUUUAUUUGUGUAUUUUUAGGACUGUUGCAAUAGGGGCCCAAGAGCUCAGCACAGAACCAGACUCAAUUCUAAGUUAACCAGGAGGUGGGAAUCUGCAGGCCAGGAGCAAAGCCCACGCCACUGAUGGAAAAUUACUGAAGAGAUGUCGGGAGCCAUGGAUGCUGUAGAACUUGCCAGAAAGCUGCAGGAGGAGGCCACCUGCUCCAUCUGCCUCGACUACUUCACAGACCCAGUGAUGACCGCCUGUGGCCACAACUUCUGCCGCGAGUGCAUCCAGCUGACUUGGGAGAAGUCCAAGGGCAAGAAGGGGAGGAGGAAGCGCAGGGGCACCUUCCCCUGCCCCGAGUGCCGCGAGCUGUCCCCACAGAGGAACCUGCGGCCCAACCGCCUGCUGACCAAGGUGGCCGAGAUGGCGCGGCAGCACCCGGGCCUGCGCAAAAGUGACCUGUGCCGGGUGCACCAGGAGCUGCUCAAGCUCUACUGCGAGGACGACCAGAACCCCAUUUGCGUCGUAUGCAGGGAGUCCCGGGAGCACCGGACCCACAGGGUACUCCCCGUCGAGGAGGCUGUGCAGGAGUACAAGUCAAAGCUGGAGGAGGACAUGGAGGAGCUGCGUGUGGAGAUGAUGAAGACAGCAAGUCUGCAGGUCCAGGAGGAGGAGACCCUGGCCGAGUGGCAGGAGAAGGUGGAGGAGCGGCGGCAGCUCAUUGUGGCGGAGUUCCGCAAGGCCAGCCUCCUGGUGGCGGAGGAGGAGCAGCGGCUCCUGCAGAUCCUGAAGGAGGAGGAAGAGGAGACAGCAUCCAGGCUGCAAGGCAGCCGGGCAGCGCUGGAGCAACAGGGCCACUCGCUGGAGAUGCUGCUGCUGAGGCUGGAGGACCAGGGUGGACACACACCGCUGCAGAUGCUGAAGGAUAUGAAGGACUACCAGGAGAGGAGGAGCAGCCUGAACUUGCAGUACCCAGAGGCCACCACCACUGUGCUGAGGACUGUGUGCAGAGUCCCUGGGCAAAUAGAGAUGCUCAGGAGUUUCCAAGAGGAUGUGGUACCGGACCCUACUACAGCGUACCCCUACCUUGUCCUGUAUGAGAGCCGCCAGAGGCACUACCUCAGCACCCUGCCCGACGAGACGCCCUGCAGCCAGGACCGCUUCCUGGCCUACCCCUGUGCCGUGGGCAAGGAGGCCUUCUCCUCGGGGCGCCACUACUGGGAGGUGGGCAUGAACCUCACAGGCGAUGCGCUCUGGGCCCUGGGCGUGUGCAGGGACAAUGUGAGCCGGAGGGACAGGGUCCCUAAGUCGCCUGAGAACGGGUUCUGGGUGGUGCAGCUGUCCAAGGGGAAGAAGUACGCGUCAGUGUUGCCGACCCUCAGCCCCAUCACAAUCACGGAGCCCCCCAGCCACAUAGGAGUCUUCCUGGACUUCGAGGCUGGGGAGCUCUCCUUCUACAACCUGACUGAUGGCUCACACCUGCACACCUACACCCAGGAAGCCUUCCCUGGCCCACUGCAGCCCUUCUUCUGCCUCGGGACCCCCAAGUCAGGACAGAUGGUCAUCUCUACAGUGACCCUGUGGGUGAGGGGUUAAGGACAUGGGG